AUGAGGCUCCGUCUGCAACCCCUCGGGGGACCAAAAGGGGAGAGACCACGAGGUAAUUUGAAUACUGAUUUGUUGUCUUAUCCUGCUCACCGUCUCCAUUUCAGUAAUGAGCUGGCUUAACGGCCAGCCAACCUUCCAGUCGCCGCUGUCGCCGCCGCUAACGCGACCGCCUCCGUGGAGAACCGGUGGUGCCAACUAAGAGCCCUGGAUGUCCUCGUCUGUGCAAGUUGUCAGCACCAGCACUGGUUCAACGACAACAACGCAAUCAUCAGUAAUCCGCUCACCGCGAAGAACUGUCUGCUCAAAACCUACGUCAACCGCCCAAUCGACGAGAACAAAGCAGCCUUCCACCGUAGUCACCGCCUUGUGCAACAUCGGCUGCGGGAGAUGCAGGACACCUGGACUGUUCGCAGGGUCAAAGAGAUCCACGGUUACGCGGACCGCAACGAAUGGAGGAGUUUCAUCGCCGCGAUCAGGACAGUCAAGGCAGUACACAGUCAAAGGAAUCGCUCCUCUUCUGAGCACCGAUGGAACCACUUUACUCACGGGGAAAACGCAAAUUCUACACUGAUGGCCGAGCUCUUCAGAGGCGUCCUCAACCACCCCUCCACCAUCUUUGACGCCGCCAUCGCCAGUCUGCCUCAGACGGAGCCCAACGCCGGCCUCGACAUCCCGUCCUGUCCCCACAAAAUCAUCAUAGCCAUGAAGCAACUCUCCAGCUGGAAAACGUCCGGAUUGGACGCGACCCCUGCUGAGAUUUACGAGCAAAUUUGCCCCCAACUCAUGAAUCAACUGACAGUGCCAUUCCAGGAGAUGUGGCGUCAAGAUGAAGUCCGUCUGAACAACCAUCUGAAACAGGGACUCCUGACGGAAAGCCAAUGA